GCACCCUUAGGGUUUCCGCCCCGCCGCCAACUCCUGUCAGCGCCUCGCCUCCUCGCACCCGCAUCCCCGCGCUCCGCCGCCGCCGCCGCCGCCGCCUCCGAGCCGCUCGAAGCCCACCUCGUAGCCAUGGCGGAGCAGACUGAGAAGUCUUUCCUCAAGCAGCCAAAGGUUUUCCUCAGCACCAAGAAGGCUGACAAGGCAAAGAGGCCCGGCAAGGCUGGCAACCGCUUCUGGAAGAGUGUUGGCCUUGGUUUCAAGACCCCAAGGGAAGCGAUCGAAGGUACCUACAUUGACAAGAAGUGCCCAUUCACUGGAACUGUUGCCAUCAGGGGCAGAAUCAUAGCUGGAACCUGCCACAGCGCCAAGAUGAACAGGACGAUCAUCGUGCGCAGGAACUACCUUCACUUUGUGAAGAAGUAUCAGAGGUAUGAGAAGAGGCACUCCAACAUCCCAGCUCACAUCUCCCCCUGCUUCCGUGUCAAGGAAGGCGACCAUGUCAUCAUUGGCCAGUGCAGGCCCCUGUCGAAAACUGUGAGAUUCAAUGUCCUGAAGGUCGUUCCAGCUGGAACCACCGGAGGCGGGAAGAAGGCUUUCAUCGCUGCUUAAGCCCAGACUCUGAUUCAUGAGUAGUUCAUAGUCAGAAGCUUUUCGCUCUUAAAACGUACCGGCCUGCUGUUUCAAGAUUUGAUUCCCGUGUUUUUUGUCAAACCGAAGAAUGUCGUGAUCUGAACAUGUUUUGUGGAAUCUAUCUAUCAUUAAUAGUUUCGCUUAAA